CUGUGCGCUGCGGGCGCACCAGACCGUCGGGGGUUCCGCACCGUCGGGCCGGAGCCGAGCUUCCCGGCCCUGGCAGCAUGCCCCGCGGGCGAGCCUGGACGCAGGCGGAGGUCGGCAGCCUGCUGGCGCUGGUGGAGGGCUCGGGGGAGGCCGCCCUGCUCAUGGCUUCCACGUCGCGACCCAACGAGGCGCUGUGGAGGGACAUAUCCCAGGGGCUGGCAGCGGCCGGGUACUCGCGCAGCGUCGCCCAGUGCCGCUCCAAGUGGAAGGCGCUGAAGCAGGCGUUCCAUUCGGAGCGGGAGACGCGGCAGAGGGCAGGACACCACUCAGCCCGGCUGCCGCCGCACUACCGAGCCAUGAAGGGCAUAUGGAAGGCGGCCGGGCGGCCCGUGUUCGGGGAGCGGAGGAUGCCAGACAUGGUGAAGCUGCCCUCCAGGAAGCGCAGGUCAGCCCAUGCUGCCUGCUCUUCAUCCUCACCAGAGCUGCCAGAGCACAACGUUGAUGGGGACACCCCGGGCACGUUGAUGUCCCCAGUGCUGCGAUGUGUGAAGGUCGAGCCAGAGACCUCAUUGGAUGGGGACGACGUCGCUGGAGGGCCACCCGCUCCCCACGCCGUGCCACACACCGGUCACUGCUUCCCUCCCCUUCCAUUCCUGGGUUGUCACACUGCCCUGAAGCAGGAAGGAGCUGAGCAAAAGGCUGGUUUUCCUUGCGUGACGUCCUUGGGGAUGGCAAGAGGAAGCCGAGCGCUGCCAGCCCUGUGCUCCCCAGGCAUGGCUGCUGAGAGCGAGCAGCCAGCAGCGGGUGAAGAGGCAUCCGGCUCCAGCCUGCACGGCUCCAGUGUGCCAGGCCUGCUCCAGAGCGUGCAGCAGCUGCUGGUGCAGAUCCUGCACACGUCCCGGCAGCAACAGGCGCUGCUGGAGAGCCUGGCCAGCGACACCGUCUCCCACCUCCACCGACUCUCCCACAGCCUGGUGCAAGUGGGGGAGACCCUGCACCAGCUCCUGCUCCGGCCGCAGACCCACCCGGGCACCCUCGGCCACUACAUCCCCCAUGUGCCCCUGUUCGAGGGGGGCCCCAGGGUGCCCUGCUCCCCCGGCGAUGCCCACACCUCCCCGGAUCACAAAGAGAAGCCUCGGGGGUCCCCUGACACAGGGUGCAUCCCACCGUGAGCGCCACCGUCACAGACCCAGGGAUGAUGGUUCACUCACAGCCACGGAUCCUUAUAGCAGAGGCACCGGAUGUUUUGGAAGUUUAUAGAAGAGACAUUUAAUACAAUUAAAAAUAGCUUUUGUACCAGUGA